AUGCUAGUUUUUCCUCAAAUGAGACCGCAGAUUUGCGAUGAAAGAUGUAGGGUAACAAAAUGGAUACAAGCGGAAAGAUUCGCCCCGUAUUUUGCAAGAACAAAUGUUUUACCGCAACUUCCACUACAGGAUGAAGAUAAAGAUUCUUUAAGAGGAUCUUCCCCAGAGCACACGAGCAAUUCUGGGGGAGAGAUUAGUGAGGGCAUGUGUGGAUGGAGAGGGUGCGGCAUGAGGUUCCCAAAUGUUACCCGCCUGUCUGCGCACAUAGCCCGAGUCCACGCGCACGCACAUAGAGACGGACUCUUUUACUGUUCUUGGAAAGACUGCCUCAGACCUCAAAGAGGCUUUAAUGCAAGGUACAAAAUGCUCGUGCACGUAAGGACCCAUACCAAUGAACGUCCACACACGUGCAAUCAAUGUCAAAAAAGUUUCUCUAGAGCAGAAAACUUGAAGAUACAUCUACGAUCACACUCGGGAGAGAAACCAUACGUCUGUCCUUAUGAGGGAUGCGGCAAAGCCUACUCAAACUCAAGUGACCGCUUCAAACACACUCGUACACAUACAGUUGAUAAGCCCUACUGCUGUAAAAUUCCUGGCUGCAGCAAGCGGUACACAGACCCGUCCAGCCUAAGAAAACACGUCAAAACCUACAAACAUUUUACCAAUGAAAGUAAUAAUCCGAGACGCGAAUCGUCCGAUGAACGCCAAAGCUCCGACAGUGUUUCUCCUUUACGAGAAAAUACGAUGUAUCAUCAAUCCACGUCACCACAAUCUUUAUCGUAUAGUCCUCCUGCUAAACCAACACCCAUCUUAUCUUUUAAUUCCGUCCCAACCUACUCAGGAUCAGCUUUGGGCGCUCCUUUGAGCUAUAUUCCCGUAAUAGACCACACCCCACACGUUAGACCACUAGAUCACGUAUACCCUGCCAGAGUUCCCUCACUAGAACACGUAUACCCUGACAUAGUCCCCUCAAUAGAACACGUAUUCCCUAUCAGAGUCCCGACACAAGAAAUGUCCUACUUAGAAUAUUCCCAAAUUUACGAUCAUGGCUACAGAAAUAAUCAUACAAGUAGCCUAAACCACCCAAUAUUAAGACCAACGAUAAAUGAAAAACCAUUUCCAGACGAUCAGGAUAUAUUUAACAAAACAUUUAAAAAGCCUGGGAAAUACGACAAUUUCGAGGAUGUACCCCUUAAUUUAAUAUGUGCCAAACGACUGGAAUGCAAACCAAUUGAAGAUCUAGUCAGACAAAAAGACUUACCCAUAGAUUUAAGCACUAAGAGUUGAUAAUUUUAAAUAAAAAGUGUUUCUUAAUUU